UCUUCCUUCCCCAGGGUAGAGUCCCGGGCUGGGAAACUGGUUCCGAACCCAACGGAACCCAGCGCCGGGCGACGCCGGGUCACGUGGCCGACGGCCCAAUGACGUGCCGGCUGUGGGGCGUCAUCCUGACGUUCGGGCGAUCAGCCGAGUGGCCCCGCUACCUCUGCCACCUCCGCCACCUGUGCGGCCGCGGUGCUGUCAUGGACCUGGGACCCAUGCGCAAGAGUUACCGCGGGGACCGAGAGGCAUUUGAGGAGGCUCAGCUGACCUCCCUGGACCCCAUGAAGCAGUUUGCUGCCUGGUUCGAGGAGGCUGUUCAGUGUCCUGACAUAGGGGAAGCCAAUGCCAUGUGUCUGGCUACCUGCACCAGAGAUGGGAAGCCGUCUGCCCGCAUGGUGCUGCUGAAGGGCUUUGGCAAGGAUGGCUUCCGUUUCUUCACUAACUUCGAGAGUCGAAAGGGAAAAGAGCUGGACUCUAAUCCCUUCGCUUCCAUUGUCUUCUACUGGGAGCCCCUAAACCGUCAGGUGCGUGUGGAGGGCCCUGUGAAGAAGCUGCCCGAGGAGGAGGCCGAGUGCUACUUCCACUCCCGCCCCAAAAGCAGCCAGAUUGGGGCCGUGGUCAGUCACCAGAGCUCCGUGAUCCCCGAUCGGGAGUAUCUGAGAAAGAAAAACGAGGAACUGGAGCAGCUCUACCGGGAACAAGAGGUGCCGAAGCCAAAAUACUGGGGUGGCUACGUCCUGGACCCGCAGGUGAUGGAGUUCUGGCAGGGCCAAACCAACCGCCUGCACGACCGGAUCAUCUUUCGGCGGGGCCUCCAGACAGGAGACCCCCCUUUGGGGCCCAUGACCCACCGCGGGGAGGAAGGCUGGCUCUACGAGAGACUUGCGCCCUGACUCCCAGUCUGCCCGGGCUCACGGGAGUGGGGGCUGGCUGCUGAAAGAGGAUGUGCGAUGGGAGCCAGACCCCUCUAAACUCAACCUGUUUCCGUCCCCACCUGUAUAAUUAGGGCUCUUCAAAGUUCAUUCUCCAAGUCCUCUGUUCUCAGUUGGCUCUCAAUUAGCUGGUCUAGUGGAGUGUAACGGUGGCAUAGAGAAUCACAAAUGGAAAGUAACCCCAUAUUUUCUUGACCUUGACUAUGAUUUAUUGGAAUAGUUCCAUCUAGGGGUAGCAGCUGAUGUGAUUCCCUUUUCUGGUGACACAGGGUGAGGAGCAGCGACCCGGUCUGUUACCAUGUGACUGAGUCAUCCUGACCAAAGCCAGUUGGUCCCAGCACAGGCACCCAAGCCAAUCUAGCCUAUCGGUUUUUUGUUUUUGUUUUUAUUUAUUUUUUUCCCCCAAAGCCCCAGUAGAUAGUUGUAUGUCAUAGUUGCACAGCCUUCUAGUUGCUGUAUGUGGGACGCGGCCUCAGCAUGGCCAGAGAAGCGGUGCGUCAGCGCACACCCGGGGAUCUGAACCCGGGCCUCCCGCAGUGGAGCGUACGCACUUAACCGCUAAGCCACGGGGCCGGCCCCAGCCUAUCGGUUUUUCUUGUCAACAAUCUGAAAUUGGAAAUGGAGAGACCCAGAGCAUGGGAGUCACUGUAGCCAAGUCAUUAAUGGCAGCCAAGAAGCAACAGCCUGUGCUGCCCUUUGUAAUUCCCUGAGCGGCCCUGGAUCCCUCCUUCCCACGUCUGGGCUGUGCAAUUCCUCCUCCUGCCUCAAACACCCACUAUCUCUAAAAAAAAAACUUGGGGCAUAAACUAGCUGGAAUCGAUUUCUGUUGCUUGCAACCAAAAGAACCUUAACUAACUCAUUUAUUAAUAGAUAUUUUUAUAGCACUCUACUGAUAGCUGCCUUUCAUUAUCUGAAGCACAGCAAUGCAGAAAAGAGAUUAAAUUUAUUCCCGGUAGCUCCAGAGGACCCAUAGGUGGAAGUUGCAAGGACGUAGAUUUCAUCUCAAUAUGGGGAGAGAUUUCAAACAAUCGGGGCUGGCUAGGAGGGCUGCCUGUUAGGUAGUGAGUGUUCUGUCACUGGAAGUAUUCAAUCCCUGUCAGGAGUUUUGUAGAAGGGAUUCAUGUGCUGGUACCUACAGGCCAGGAAGAUUUUAAUCAAGCUUUACUUUCCAUGUUUGUUUAUGAAAACUACAUAUGUGUGUAUACAUACAUACAUAUAUAUAUUUAAUAUAUAUAUUUUUUACUUUCCAGGUAUAAAAUUAAAUUAUUAUAGA